GUUGACAAGAUCACAGCGGUUUGGUUUAAAAUAAAUAAUAUUGAACAUAACACAAAACGAUAAACAUAAGAUAAAAAGUGAUAACAAUUGAUUGAAAAUUACAUGCGAAGUGUUAUCUAUCUACGACGAAUAAAGUAUUUUUAUUAACUAUUUUAUGAUUAUGCUACUUAAAAAUGUCUACUCCGCGGCGUACAUCCAGCUUAUACUUCAGGAACAAAGUAAAACAUGAAGACAAUUCUUCCGUAAGUUUAUUAGUGCCCGGGACUUCGGCAAAUCGACCUGUUUCAGCCAAUUCCAAGCAAAAAAAUGGUUCAGACAGUUUUGCUCCUUUGUCUAGAAGAACGUCUAUGUCUGCUAAUUUAAUAAAUGAACUGACAAACAACAGUCACUAUAGAAAACAAAAAGCUAAAUUGGAAAACAGAAAGUCUAGAUCGGUAGAAUUUUUGGAAAUAACAUCUCCAAAUAAAUUUCAUAAUCAAAAAAGUGCUGAUAUCUCAACUGCAACCAAGCGAAAAUCACUGUCACUGGAUUUUAAGAAGGCUUUGACGAGUUUCAGAGAUAAUACCGAUCCUGAGGAGGUUCUUAGAACACUUCAGUCCAAUAAAGAUGAACCGCUGUCACGUAGUGUUGGUCCAUUUCCCAGAACCGAUGACAGUUUGUAUUGCGAAGGCGUGCAACUUAGGCCACCCAGGGUAGAUGGCUUGAGACAGUCACAAACCAUAGGCUGUGAUCCCAGAAGGUUUCAAAAUUUUGAUAUUAAAGGCUGUGUGAAGAUACAGUUUUCUGAUGGCAAAGAAGUAAAAUUGAAGAAAAAUGAAUACAUUCAGUUUGCCAAAAAUUCGAUCAGCAAAUGCGAUAACACGCGUUGUGAGGUGCUGAAACCUGGCGUUGUUUUAAAGGGAAUCAAACUUAUUAACAAAAAAGAAGUCGAGCUAAGAGAUACAAACAAUCAAACAUGUUUACUCCUGUUUGAUUCUUCAAAAGAUGCAAAACUCUUUUUAGAAAGCGAAAAAGUAAGCUACUUUAUCGACACUGAAAAAUCAACUAUAACAAAAACGCUCCUUAAGCUAUUAGGUAAACGAUCUAGUCGAGAAGUACUCGAAAAGAAAGGAAUAUACCAAAAUGAACCCAUAUUUGGUAACACUCUGAGAAACAUUUAUUCUACCGAACACGGAGUACCUAAAUUUAUUCUGAAAACAAUGGAGUUGAUAGAAAGGCCAGACAACAUUACGAGCUUGGGCUUGUAUCGGACAUCGGGAAAUUUAGCAACUAUUCAAAAAAUUCGCCUCGAAGUGGAUAAAGGCAACUUGGAUAUUUUAGAACACUAUACAAAAGAUCCAGACGUGUUAACCGGAAGUCUAAAACUAUUCUUUAGAGAAUUGAAGGAACCUUUGCUGUCCUGUAAAACAUGUGACAAUCUACUAGGAUUUAUAAAAACGGACAUGAAUUACGGCAAGAAGGACAGAGACAACAUCCGCACAAUAUUAACGCACAUUCCCGAAGCCAAUUCAGAAACAUUGAUAACAUUGAUAAGACAUUUAAUAAAGGUAGUGGAAUUUAAAGAACAAAAUAAAAUGGACGCUUAUAACUUAGCAGUGUGUUGGGGACCGACAAUAAUCUUUGCCACAGAUACUGCUGUAGCUACCAAGGAUAUAGUCACUCAGAGCUCAGAAGCAACGCAAUUAUUCGAUGCACUAUUAAAUUUCUAUAUUAAUAAUCCAGAAGAAUUAGAGUUGAGGAAAAGGAAACACGAUGUAUUCGAUACUAAUCGAAAUAUGAUUCAUCGACAAGAUUCCAAAGACAGUAUUCAGAGUUCAGAUAGCGGCCACUCGAGCAAAAAUAAAAGUUCAAGUAAUGUAAGCCUUGACUCAAUAGAUGAAGUUCUUCGAAAGACAGUAGAAUUAAUUGAAAACCAUUUAAAUACCGAAGGUAUAUAUAAGAAGAAUGGUUCGCCGGAAAAGGUGCAUAAAAUAAUCAAGAAAAUGUUGAAAAAGAAAUUAGGAGAUUUGGAUAAAUACAAAAAUGAUGUGUACGAAUUGACUGAUGCUUUAAAGAAAUAUUUAAGGGAAGGUUGUGAUUCUUUGGUAACCAAAGAAACUGUAGAAUAUGUAAAUAAGUUAUGUGAUAAUACUCAAUGGUUAGAACACAAUACGAGGCAGAGAGUGAUAACAGUCGUUUCAGAAAUACCGAAAAAGGAUCUUUUAUUUUUAGUACGUCAUAUUACGAAACUUGUUAAAUACGAGUCAUCUCAUAAAGUACCUAGAUCCGAAAUACUUUUGAUCUGGUCCGACGUAUUAAACGAUCAGUUGCGAAUAAUUGAUUCAGAGCCCAAAAUGACGAACUUCUUGAAAAUAGUCAUCGAUGUAUUCGACGAAACUAAACCUGACUUAGUCGCUCCCGCAAAAGGCAUGAACAAUGGUUUGCUGAAGGACCUAAAGAAUCUACAAAGGGAAAAAGAUAGAAUUAGUAAAUAUGACAAUGUACCCGACGAGACAGAUUAUCACAACAGGGAAGAAACUAUACAAGAAGAGAAGACUGAUGAAAUCGAACAUACAAAGUUGUAAACUUGAGGGCAUGGAAAAAGAUUUUAGAACAUUUUAAAGAUUUUACCAUUUGGGAUUGACACUAUUAGAAUAUUUACUAGCUUAUGUAAUAAAGCACGUCAAUAUUAUUAAACCAUUAGGUAAAAUAGAGUAUGCUGAACAGCUAUCACACAUACUUGAAGAUAGGAAACUCAUUUAAAUGUUAGAAGUAAGCCAAAUUAAUAAAAGACAAUCGU